CCACAUUCGACAAAUUGUUCGCGUUCAGGAAAGUUGGUCUGCAGCAGAGGCAGAAAAAAAGGGGAGGUGCGCAAACAUCGGCAAAUCCGUUUAUGUAUUUUCGUUUUGUUUUGUUGCCAUUAUACACAAAUUCAUCAUCUACUCGUCUUUCAUCACUUCUUGACUGUGGUCUCCACGUGAGUGGCUGCGUGCGUGUGAGUGUGUAUGUUGCCUUACUUUUGGAAUACGGGACGUUCGUGAGAAGGUAUAGCAGCAAAACACGCACCAGGAGGAAAGGCACGACACUUCGACGAAACAUCACCUCGGCAGGAAUCAAUCAGAACAUUACAGUCCAAUAAGUCAGUCUUGUUUCGCCGUUGCCCGAGUGAAAAUCAAUAUUGAUUACACCAAGUGAAGGUAGAGGCAGCAACUCCUUCGUGUUAAACACAAGCUGCAUAGAAAUUGACCAAUUUAACGACGAAGAGACGACCCAUAGGGCCAGAGUUGUCACGGAUUGGAUCUCUCUCGAGACUAAUAUCGUUAUCGAAUAUCAAUUUCGAUUCGCACCGUCAGCAUGGCGCAGAUGGGAAGAGCAGUGAAGAAUCUGGAGCCACCAAGACCACUCAAGUCGACGUUGAAGCAAUCGCAUGUCCACGUGCCUGUGUAUGAGGUUCAAUCAAUCGAAGAACUCAUCACGUUGACAGAGAAUGUUGCUGCCAGUUUGGCCAACGGGUGCAACAACGCCGAUGGUAUGAAUGCACUGUUGGCUAACCUUCGGCUACACGGACCUCAGCUGGAAAACAUCUCCAAAGACACACUUGAUCGUGCGUUUGUCAUCUUUCGCAACGCAUCGCAGGACGAACGGUUGAACAUCAUGACCAGGCUCAACCUGUUGGAGCUAAUUGAACUGCGAGCUAAAUCGUGGCAAGUAUCGGACGGCACCAAUACGUACUACAAGCACAAGGCAACCAAUGUUGAGCCGGAUGUUAUUGGUGAUCCAUCGUUGUUGAGCACCUCCCCGCCUGGACUGUCCCUCGGACAGCAGGUGAUUCCCUCGUUAUCCCCCGGUGAACUGAUCCGUACGUCGGGCAAGUUCCCGAAACCGACAAAAAUCCCCGGCAAGACGUACUGCAAGGACGAGAUCGUCAUCCGAAACGCUGACUCUGGAAAAGUUAUGGGAAUCAAGGGACGUAGAGUUCACAUGAUUGAGGAAUUGAGCGAGACUGUAAUAUCGUUCCAAAGAGUUAAUCCAGGUGCCAAGGAACGUCUUGUUCAGAUCACCGGUCCUAACGAGGAGAAAAUAAACUACGCAAAGCAACUUAUCGAAGAUACAAUCCGCCGGAAUGCCUCUCCGGUGCGCUUGGAGACCUCUCACGAUGGUUCCUGCAGUUCGCUGGCUUCGUCGGCUUCGGAUGAAAUGAUUCAUCCGAGACGGUCGAUUUCGGAUGUCUCUAGCAUCCCAUCCGGCGGACAGCGCGGUUCUAUGAUCACCAAUCCGAACGGAACUGUUUCCUAUGUGCCAAACCAGCAAUCAGCUACUGGACUGAGCUUGAAUUUGAGCAACAACAACAUGUACCACCAUCACCAGCAGCAGCAACAAUCACAGCCACAGUAUAGCCACCCGAAGCUCACCCGAAAUGGAUCCCAGAACAACGGCCAACAGGCGGGGCUACUGUUGCAUAGCUUUUCCACGAAUGAUGCCUCGUUAGGCGAUUUCAAAUAUACUGUCAACGUCGGCAAGCACAGCAUCAAGAUCACCGGAGAUUGCUUCGACUUAGUCAGGGUUGCCAAGCUGGUGCUGGACGACUAUUUCAGCAGCAACGAAUUCCUUGCCUCAGUUGAGAUGGGAUCCAGUUUCGAUCUGCCAAGUUCCCUAGCCUCGCCGGUAACGCCGAUGGCAGGUCAGCAUCAACUGAUCACCGGUUCGCCCUUCGUGGACAGUGGUGUCGGCUUGGAUGCCAUGGCCGGCGGAAUGGGAUCGAUGGGGGGCAACUGCAUCGAAGUGGAUGACGAUGUAUUCAUUGUAGACCCACCGACUCUUGGUCUAAAAUCGGGCGACAGUUCCAGUUCUUCCAAUUCGACGUUGGUCUCUUCUACGCCAGUGAACAAUGGUUUGAGUCGAUCCAGAAGGAGCCACUUCUCACGCAAGGAUAGCGCACCGGAGGGCAUUAAAGAUGGUGCUGGCGCCACGCCAGCUUCGAAGGACGAUUCUACGCCAGUGAGAAUCGUUCAUGAAUACGAACGCUUGAUCUACUACUCCAAAUCUCCCCACUCAUGGGCUUUGCCACGUGACUGGCUGAAGAUCUGCGACAAGCUACCCUAUCUAGUACGAAACAAGGACAUUAAUGACGAAAAGACCCGCUUCAAUGGUGAUAGAUUUUUGGAAAUGAAAUAUCAAACGGAAGGUCCCAGCGCCAGUAGUUUUGCUGACGCGGAAGCUGCCACGGCAGAACAGCAGCAGGGUGGAGAUUCGAUCAGCAACGGAAACGCCUCGACGACAGCAACGAUAUCGACCAAUGGUGGAGGAGAAAACGCAUCCAGUGCGACCACCGAUGGAUCGUCACAACAGCAGCAACAGGAGGUGCCGAAGUAAGCGAGAGCUGCUUGUAGUUCUCUGGUGGGCUGAUACAGAACAAUUAUUCUAUUUAUAUACUAUUGCUAAACUAAAGUUAUGUCUAACUUUUGAUACGACUAUUUUUGUAACAGUAAUAAUUAGUUGUUAGUAGGUAGAGGUAUGAGACAGGGAAUGCAAGCGGCUAAAUAAGCUAGCGUUUCCUCUAAACCUGAUGCUAACGUUCAUGUAUUCACGAAACCCAUAAGGAGUUGGGACCUUCUUUUCAUUUUACAAAGUCGCUUCUGAUUAGCGAACCGAAACGGUAACCUUUGAAUUGGUUCCAAACAUCCAGUUAUUUCUACCAUCAGAAGAUGAGAUUAACCGAACAUAAUUUUUACAACAAAAAAAAAAACAAAACUGAACUGGAAUCUUUUUCGCGAAGUAGAAAAAGCAAUUCGACCACAGUGAGAUCAUAUUUAACUAUUAGGAAAAAAAGAAAGCAAAUCUCUCUUAGGAUUAGCAUACUUCAUCUAACAAUCACUCAACCCAUAUACACGAUUUAUCAUCACUCGGAAUGUAAACCAACCCUAAGCAAAUGAUGCUGUGUAUUAACAACCAUCUAGUCUACAAAGAGCAAAACAACAACCGCACACCAUGCAAAAUCCAACCUCCAACAACAGUGCACUGAUAACACUGAUAAUCGACCCUUCUAAAAGAUUUCAUAGUUUUUUUAAAACACAUUUUCCGUUCCUUUACCCCAAAUGUUGUUAUAAUUAAUAAUUCAGAAAUAUUGCUUGAUCCAACAUUGAAGACACACUAUUGCUGUUGAUUUUGUUUUUUGACCAAUUUUUUUUUCAGGAACAAUUUUUGUUUGUUUUAUUUAUGAUCUAUUAUAUCGAAAAAAAAUGUUAUUUAUUUUGUUCUCUAUUUAUACACGUAUUUAUGAACCCUCUUCUUGGGCGCUUCGGAUGAAAACCUGUGUUGAGACUCUCAAUGACAAUGCGAAACAAUCAAUCUUCAAAAGUACUGAACUGAGUAAACGGCAAGUUAUUUCCCUGAUAUAGUUAAUAGUUGUCAAACCUUACGAAAGAGAGAAAACAAGCAUGCUGAACCUUUGUCUUUAAGUU